AUGUCGGGCCCCGCCUACAUGCCCUCGGACGAGGAGCUCGCCCACCUCCAGAAGCUGUCGAGCGAGUUCGAGCCGGAGACGACGGGCCCGCUUGUCGGCGAGCGCCAGAGCAGCAGCGCCAUCACGAGCGAGUACGCGGGCGCGGACCCCGUCUACAGGAUCAAGACGGCCGCGCUGCCCGCCAAAUAUGCCUUCUUCCGCACCUGUCGCGGCGACGGCCACUGCGGCUGGCGAGCAAUCGCCUUCUCCUACUUCGAGGCCCUGCUCCGCGUCGGCGACGUCAACAAGUUCGAGGACGAGGAGGUCCGCCUGAGCUCCAUGCACAACCUGCUCAACCUCGCCGGCUUCCCGCACGAUGUCUACAUUGACUGGGCCGAGGAGGUGUACGACCUGCUCCGCAAGCUCGCCAGCUCCGUGCGCCUCAUGGACGGCUCUGCCGCCGACACGCUGCUGCAGACCUUCAACGACAUGAGCCUGUCCAUGGCCAUCAUCACCUACUUCAAGCUCCUCGCAAGCGCAUGGGUGCAGUCGCGGGCCGACGAGUUCAAGCCGUUUGUGCCCAUGGGCGACGUCAAGACGUACUGCGCGCUCAACAUCGAGGCGGCAGUGUGCGAGAUCGACAACGUGGCCAUCGCCGCCCUGUCCGACGCCGUCAUCAAGCCCGCGGGCAUUGGCUUCGAGAUCAUGUAUCUGGACCGCUCGCAGGGAGAGGAAGUCAACACCACCGCCUUCGCUCAGCCGACCGACCACAACGGCAUGCCGCUGCCAAAUGCGCCGUGGAUUAGACUGCUCUACCGACCUGGCCACUAUGACAUUCUCUACAAGGCCGAGGACUUCCCCUCGCCCGUGCAGCAGCCUGUGCCCCCUCCGCAGUCAAUGCACGUGGCGAUGGCAAGCUACACGGACGGCUUCAUUCCCGUCGCCAACAACAUGUCAGAAGUCAUGACAAUGAUCCCGGGCAUGUAUCCCACAAGUAUUGGUCAGAGAUGGCCUUCGGUCUCUUACGACUUCGACCCAAGUCCGGCGCCGCAGCCUCAGAUGACGCCUGUUCAACCCUAUGCACCUGCUCCGCCGCCCCCGCCGCCCGUCACCACCUCUCAUCAGGAUUUCAUGCCUUCGGUGCAUGCCAGCCAUGUGUCUCACCGCCAUCACAGCAUUCCCAUGGAACAGCCGCCAGUCACCCUUCCCAUGCAUCCGCCCCCUCCUCCCGUUAGUAUAGAGAGGGCUCCUCCGCUUACGAUAGAGCGAGGCGGGCCCUUCAGGCCGUCCAUGUACGAGCUCGAACCAGGAUUUGGCUCAGGUCAAAUACACACGGUGCCCUUCCAGACCUCAAUAUUCCGCAACUCUCAUUACAACACGGCCCAUUUCCUAAAUCCAGACUUUCAGCCAGAAGAGUGGUCACCGGAUACAGAAUACAACACCGGAAACAAAGGCAGACACAAGUCAACCCCACAAUAA